GCGGGAAGAUUGUGAAGAGAUGAACUAGGACGAAGCCUAUAGAAGUGGUGGCAGAUCUGAAUUCCCAUGUCGAACGCGAAGAGAGAUGAAUCGGUCAGGGCGAAGACAGUGAAAAUGGCUUCUCUGUCGUCUACGAGAUUGUACGAGAGAUUGGAGGUGACAAUCACAUCGUUGAAGAGACCAUACCCGUUUCUUCUCAGAGUUGUCAACAUCGAGUCCAUCUCUCGCCUCUGCACGGCGGAGACAGUGUCAAAUUGGUUCAGGAAAAGGAUGAGCAGAACGGCGGUGAUAAAUCCAGAGGUAGAAGACGCCAAUGGAGGAGAAGGAGUAAGUGAUGUGAGACCUCUUACGUUAGAAAUUAGAUCGCUAGGCAUGUUCUCUAAUCUUCUUCUUGGAUAUAGCAUCGCCACCAUCGUCUUUUUCUAUGAUCCGUUAGCGGCAAUUGAUGAUCAGCGACGAGGAGGACGAUUUCCAUCUUCUCCGGCAGUCCUCCAUCCCUUGCUCCUCCUUCCUCUCUAAUUAGCGUCGCAGAAUCACGGUCCGGCGUGACUCUUCUCUGUCCAGCAAUCGACGGCGGCAGAUUCUCCCAGCAACAUCGGCAACCUCCAGCGGUGUUCGGGAGCAGCGGUCAAGUCCGGGCAGCGGCGAGCAGAUCGGGCAUGACUCCUCUCUGCUAGGGCGAUCUCCAAUUGUGGUGAAAGUGACCAAGCAAUCUCUAGGCUUUGAUGAACGAGUCCGGACAGCAGCAGCAAUGUGCCUAGCAAAGGUGAUGUCUUGGCGGCUUUCGGGCAGCGGUGUUAGAAUUGGGUAAUGGGGCGCGAGUACUUCGUCAACAUUGUUUAGACGAUGUUCUCUUUAGAUGAAUCGAACCCAGUCGAGGUGCAGGUAAGACAGAGGUCAGUUGAUUCCAGAGAGUAGCGAGACAGAAGAGAUGUAUGGAUGAGGGAAUCCAAAGGAAUAAUUAGUACGAUGAUUUUCUGUUCCAGUAUGAUUUUUAUUAAAUGAUAGUUUGGCUU